UUGAAACUUGGAAGCAAUGGACACUGAUAAAACAGAGCAAGUUUUCCGCACAUAGUUUACAUUUGACAUGGCAUCUUGCUUAGUGCCUGAUUUUCCAGCUGUUCUUGUCGCUUUGGAGCAUUUGGGGGAGUUAGACAAACAGCUGAGUGAUGAGGGAGUUCCAUUCAGUCCAGAGGCAAGUCAUCAUUUGAGAGAAAUUGCAGCUGCCAUCACUGAACUGGAGUAUUCUAGGAGAGCAACCCAUGAAAAACUUGAGGUAGAAACUAUUGAAACAAGCAAACUUCGUUAUCAAGCCCAGAAUAUCUGUGAUGAUGUCCAGAAAGAGAUUUCAGCCGGUGUUGCUGCUGCAAGAAACAUAAACAUGGGUCAAAUUACUCAACUCCAAGAUGAACUGAACAGUGUAGUACAAGAAAUAGAGUCUAUGGAGAAAAAACAGGAUGUCCUCGAAAAGCAAAAUGCAGUUCUUUAUCCUGAGAGAGAGUUGGUGAAAGGUGACCAUGAAAAUAUAAUCAACCAAUUAAACUACCAGCUGUCAGAGAAGGCCAAUCAACAGAUUCUGCUUAAUGAAACGAUAAAUAAGAUCCGGGAAGUGAAAACCAAGAUCUCAGAUGUGGAAACCGCUAAAGUGAAGCUAGUGGAAGACAUGAUUCAAAAGAACGAGGUGUUCAUUGAAUCAAAGGAGAACCUUCAGAGAGAGUACGAGGAAACCAACAGUAACAUACACAUGCAGAGGAAAAGCAAUGCAAAGAAACGCAGAGAGCUGGAUAUUGUUUCAUCGCAACUGUUGGAUAAGGAGGACAAGGUUGCAGAGCUAAAAAAACACGUUGCACAGUUAGUGCAGAGUAUAGCUAGACUGACAGCAUCUGAAAUCCAAUCAAAAGAGCAGCUGGUGGACGAGAUCAAAACAUUUCAGGAACUUGCUGUUCAAAAGAAAUUUCAUGAAAAGGAAUUGGCUGAAGUGAGAAUGGCGUUUGAACUGAAAGUCAAGUCCCUACAGGACAAGAUUGAAGAGAUGGAUAUUGAGUGGGAGGAAGGACAGAAAGUGAAUGCCAUUCACCUGGAUUCUAUUGUUAAGCUCUCUAACAGCUUCAAAGCUCAGAGGAAAGCAGAGGACGACUUUAUGGCUGAACACCUCAUUGUCUCAAGACGGUUUGAAAAGUCCAAACUCAGACUUGAGGAACGUAUUGCAUCAAUUGCUAAACAUAAAAUUGAGAUCAGAGAAAUGGAGGAGGAGAUCAAACAACUUAAUGAAACCAAUAUAGUUAUUGCAGACCAUUUUGAAAGAAAUAUGGAGGAGUUGCAUGGACAGCUCAGUAAAGAAAAGAAGAACAUAGGAAUGUUUGAAGUUGAAAAAGAAGAACUGUGCCAGUCUCUUGAGAAUCUAAAAAAAGAUCACGAACAGCAUGUGAAAGAGGUCAACUCUAAUAUUGAUUUAGCCAGGAAAAGAUAUGAGGAACUGCUUGACGAGGAGAAGAAACUCCAAGACCAUUUAUUGAUGGACAAGUUGAUUGAUCAUCUUAGCAACCAGAUUGUUGAGGCCAAGGAGGGCUAUGAACAAAUGACCAUUUCCUACAAUGCAGAGAUCCAGCAGCUGAUAACUGAAGCUGAGUCAGUGACACAAAGCCGACUGGUGGAGGAGGAGGGCCUGAUGAGUAAAGAGUCUGUCUUGGUAGAGGUGGAAGCCCAGUUUGAUUUUGACCAGUCCAGACACAAAAAACUGAAAAAACAUACCUCAGAUUUAAAGAGUAAGAAGAAUCAUCUAGAAUUCUCAAUUCAGGAUAUGAAAGAGAACAUUAAUACUCUUCUCAAACCAAAGGAGAAGAUGAAGAGGAGUCUGGGGAGUUUACGUGAGAAACACAUGGAGCUGCUUAGAUCUCAUGCUUCAGACAUCAGUACCACUGAGAAAAACAUCUAUGAGAACGGAUUAAUGCUGGAACAAGUCAAUAUGGAGAACAGCAGGCUGCAUGUGUGUAUUGAACAAAUGAAGGAGGACAUAUCGAAUGCCAGGAAAGACAAGGAAAGACACAGCCAGGAGAUUGAGUGGUUAAAAGAGGAGGUUCACUCUCUAUUUGGGAGUUUACUUGAUGCUCAGGCAGAAGACAUGAGGGUGACCAAGAAAUCAUCAGAGAAAGACCAGAAGAUUCUGGAAGCUAUCCACAGACUCAUGACCAAGAUACACAACAGGAUGUUCAAACUGGGGGACAUCAACAGCAGGAUACAAGAGGAACUGAAGGGCAUGGGUUCUCUGUUGGCCAGUAAUAAAUCAAGUAUUAAACCUACACAGCCAGGUAUCUAAUGAAACAUUAAGAAUGAGUACAAAACACGUUACAAAAGAAGUACAAAUGAAACAUUUUAGAUGAAGUAGAUGAGUACUCUUGUGAUUACUUCACUACAUUUAUUUUGAGCAAAGCAACAUUUCUGACUGAAUGUACAACCAACAGUCAAUUGUAGCUUAUCAAGUCCUUGUUCAAUGUUUUAAAAUUCAUACUGUGGUAUGAUGAUAAACAUCCAACUAUUUUUUAAACAUACCAUCUAAUAAAUUCACAAUUUGCCUCCUAUUCAAUGUAUUUCCACCACAGAAUUUUUAUUCAAUUUUUAUUGAAGCAAAGCAAUGGAACUUCAUCUAUAUACAAUUCCAGGUUAUAAUGAACUAUUGUAUCUGCUUCAGGGCAUAAUGCAUGUGUUCAGAGAUUUUUGGCACAUUAGAUUAUUUCACGAGCAUCUAACCUAUUGGACAAUACAGAGACCACCUCUGAUGUCACAACAACCAAGGGCUAAAAACAAUUAACAGUAACUUAUGAAACAAUGCAGAAAAUGUCCAGUAUAACCACCUCCAUACAAACAUAAUAACCACAUUCAAAUGUCCAAAAAUCAACACAAUUCAAUAAUUUAAAACAUAAUAAAUCUCAUUCUACAGAUGGUUUAUCCAAAGCAAAUUUACAGUAAUGCGUUCAUACAUUUUAAUGUGGGUGGUCCUGAGAAACAAACCAACAAAUCCUGGCAUUACACUUGGCAUGUUCUACUGACAGAGCCUUACAGAACCUUUUAAAUAUAUGGAGCCUUAUUUACAGACAUAUGUACACAGUGAUCUUUUUUCUCCCUUGUCAUCAUUUGAAGUGUACUGCACUUUCCUGUUAAAGCAGUCAAGGCCACUGCCCAUAUACAGCAAUUGCACAAUAUUUCGUGGAUCAA